AUGCAUUGGUUCACUAAAUCUUGGAAUAUCGCGAGACGGCAAGGUCACAGGCUUCUCCCAUGUCUGGGUGCCUACGGUGCUGACAGCGCGAGAGAUGAGCUCACUUCAAUGGAGGACCUCUCCAGCUCAUCUGAUAUCAUCCAAUUACCUCCACUGCCUAUGGAACUCGAUACUACUCUUUGGGCAGUCGUUGCAGGCAAUCUUGUCCGUAAUGCAAUUGUCGGUGAAUAUGACCCAGAGAGUGACACAGUCCUAGUAGACGCGUCUCGUCUGCCGAUUCCGUUUACACAUACUGUCCAUCUUGAAAGUUGCGAUUUCAGAGUCAUUGGACAUAUGCCAGUAAGGAGCAACGGAUGUGUUAUUAUCUCCUUUACCCACGUGAACAUCAAAGUCUGGAAAGUGGUUGUGCAUGUUCCGUAUAAAGUUAUUCAAUCUCGGCUCAGGCUACCUGAACUACCCUAA